UCCAUCAUGGCGGCGUCUGUAAUUUAGGGCAGCUGGGAGCGCAGCGCGCACGCACAGGUUGGAGGCAGCGCCGCGCGUCCGCUGCCGCCGCCUCGCGAGACUCAGUCUUCCCCUCUUAGCCAGAAGAAAAACUACGUGCACCAUUAACCCUGUGGAGCAUUGCAAGUCAAUCCAAUGGCGUCCUCUACUGCUGUGCCUGUAGGAUUUCACUAUGAAACAAAAUAUGUUGUUCUCAGCUACCUGGGGCUCUUGUCACAGGAGAAGCCACAAGAGCAACAUCCUCCCUCAACUCCAGGGCCCCAGGAGUCUGUAAUACCACAAGCUUUGGAGAAAGAGGUUCUAGAGAAGCUUAAGACAGAAAUCGAGAAGGAGCUAAAACACCUCGAUGAAGAAAUUUCGGAAGCCUUCACCAGCACUGGGUUUGAUUGCCAUACUUCUCCAGUAUUCAGUCCUGCCAAUCCAGAGAGUUCAAUAGAAGAUUGCUUAGCUCAUCUUGGAGAGAAAGUGUCCCAGGAACUGAAAGAACCUCUUCACAAAGCACUACAGAUACUGCUUAGCAAGCCAGUGACUUAUCAGGAAUACCGAGAACGCACUCAGGAGACAGACGCUCAUGCCAGUGGAUGGAGCAAGGUGUUGGUGCCUCUGGUUCUGCUGCAGCAAUUCUUGAUGGAGCUGACAAAAAGAGGCCAGGAGCCACUCGGUGCACUUUUGCAGUUUGGAGUGACGUACUUAGAAGACUAUGCUGCAGACUACAUCAUCCAGCAAGGAGGAUGGGGUACUGUCUUUAGUCUGGAUUCUGAAGAAGAGGAAUACCACGCAGUCAUUGCAGAGGACAGCAAUGACAUCUACAUCCUAACCAGCGAAAACUCUGGACAGGUGAGCCCCCCAGAGUCUCCCACAGUGACUACAUCUUGGCAGUCAGAGAGCCUGCCUGUCUCUUUGUCAGCUAGCCAGAGCUGGCACACUGAGAGCUUGCCGGUAUCUCUUGGACCUGAGUCCUGGCAGCAGGUGGCUAUGGAUCCUGAAGAGGUAAAGAGCUUAGACAGCAAUGGAGGUGGUGAAGAAAGGAGCGAAAAUAACUCUUCCAACUCUGACAUUGUUCAUGUGGAGAAGGAGGAGAUACCGGAGGGGAUAGAGGAAGUGGCAGUGUCAUCAGUGGCUCUGGAGACUGAGACUGCACAGGAGGUGUUCCUGGAAUCUCCUCCUUUGCUGGAGCUGAAGUCUGAAGCUGGGAUUGUGGCUCUUGAAAAAGCGAGCCCCUCUGCACCUUUGCUUACAGAACAUGAGGAAGAGGGAGAGGUGGCUGAGGAGCCUGUUGAACCAGAAAUCCCCUUGUUGAGUAAACCUGUACAGAAACCAACCCCAUCAGACGAAAAGGCUGCACCAGAACCUGAGAAAAUACUGCCUCCAGAAGGGGAAACGAAAGUGGGAAAGGAAAGCCAUUCGGAAGAAAUGGAAGAGAAAUCCCCAGCUGGAGAGGAGAAACCCAUCCUGUUGCCAGAAGGCAAAUCUAUACUGCUGUAUGGUGGGGCUGCUGCAGUAGCUAUUCUAGCUGUGGCCGUGGGAGUGGCGCUGGCGCUGAGAAAGAAGUAACGGGGCUCUCUUGCUGAGGAGUGGGGAGAAAGUGGGAUCCAAAUUUUUUAGUUGCAUUAACUAAAGGUUCAGCUGCCUGCUGUUAACUGGACAUUUGUAUAACUUAAACGGUGAUGGGGUGAAGUUAUUUGAUAAGGCUGUGGACAAUCAUGUUUUUUAGUAGAAUUGGAGCGGAGACUGUUGGCUUUUUUUGUUUUUGUUUUUUUUCCUGAUUAAAGUACAGGGGUAUUUUAAAAAGGUCAAAUCUGCACAUUUCAGAACCGCGCGCAGGUGCUGAGGAAAGGGGGUGCUUGUACACUGGAAACUGGAACAGAAAAUUUCAGGGGCAGGAGAGGGCUGGUUGCUGCUAACCCCUGGAAUUUUUAGCUUCCCUGAGUGAGCUGCUGUUGCAGCUACCCUGUUUGUCACUUCCCUUUGUGCCCCUUAGACCCUCCUAAAAACAAACCUACAGAAUAAACCAGCCACCUUAAUCCUGUAGCGUGAGGCUGGUCUCCCUUUUGUCUCAGCUUCCUCUCAGGUACUGCACUGCUCUAACCACCUAGGUUCCUUCUAAACCCUAGUGGGAGAGUGCUCAUACUAUACCUCUUUUCUCACGCCUAUUUAGCCCCUGAUGCUUCCUGAUUCCCAUCUUGUAAAGAUGCUGCCUCUAUAUAUAUAUAUAUAUAUCUGUUUUCUCUGAGCACUCUGUUGGUGGGAGAGAUGCACAGGCCACCACCUCUGUGCUAGACGGGAGUGUGGGGGAGAUGCACUGUUUGCCCAUCUAAGAGAACCUUUGGCUCCCUCCUGUGCAUCCCACAGAUCAGUCACCAGAGAACAUGACUCUCAUUUGGGUCACUGUGCCAUUUUCAUAAGAUCUUGAUGCUAGUGCUUAUUCAGUGGAUAAAAUAUGACUACCCAGGAUUUAUAAUUAAAUUCAGAACACUGUGAGGCUGACAUCACCUGUGAAAUCAAAGAUUAAAUGGUUGCUUUGUCCUUACCUUGGGCUGCAGUUCUAUAUUUUCUUGCAUGAGUUAAGCGCAGAGCGUAUUUAGUCUUAACUCGGCCUUGGUUAUGACAAACUGACAGAAUCCUUGAUAUUCAAAGUAACUGAUGCUAGUAACUAAACCAAAUAGCAUUAAAUAUUUCCUUUGUUGUUUGCCUGUGGCUUCUGGCCCUAGGGUGAAUGACGUUCUGGGAGCCAGCGUGGUGCAGUUUCGUAAUGCAAGUUUUGUGCACUACGCAAAAGUAAUUGGUAAAUGUUCCUAAAUACUUUGCAGAUUCAAUAAAUGAUAAUAAAGUUACUUUGGAAAAACAUUCUA